AUGUCUUCAAGAGAGAACGGUCCAAAGUUGCCGGGUGUUCAGGGACGGCAGUAUGUGGUGAAAAGUGAGGAGGACUGGUGGAGGGAGUGGAAAGAUGCCAUUAGGUUCGCAGUGGCGACGCAGAAGAAGGGCUGGAUCACGGUGGAGGAUAAGCUCGAGGCGCUCAUGGAGGGGACGCAGCAUGUCGGUUCACGACCUGAGUGGGGAGAACAGUAUGUGUAUUCGAGCCAGGAAUCUAUUAGCAAGGUAUAA